AUGGCAAAAACAGCUUUCAUCACAGGUGCCAAUGGCAUCAGCGGUAGCGCUAUUGUUGAGCAUCUCUGCAACACAACCACCUCUGACGAUUGGGUCUCCAUUAUCGUCACGUCGAGGAGUCCGUUCAACCCUACCGUCACGGAUCCUCGCGUCAAAUUCAUCGCUAUCGACUUCACAGAUGAUGUUCCUUGCCUAGUAGAAAAGAUGCAGGAGGUCUGUGGCCCCGUCAGCCAUGCUUAUUUCUGUUCCUACCUUCACAAGGACGAUUUUGCCGAGUCGUACACCGCCAACAAAACCCUGUUCGAAAACUUCCUAAGUGCCAUCGACAAGACAGCCCCCAAAUUGGAGAACGUUACGCUGCAGACUGGCGGAAAGUACUACAACCUCCAUGUUGAACCCGUGCCGUCCCCGGCGCGGGAAGACGACCCCCGCCGCUAUGGUCCAUUCGAAAACUUCUAUUUUCCCCAAGAAGACAGACUGGCCGAGAUGCAGCAUGGCAAGGCUUGGACGUGGAAUGUCAUCCGGCCUGAGGCCAUCAUCGGUGCAAACUCGCAGCCCUAUGGCCUGAACGAGGCCCUGACCAUUGCCAUGUACUUCUUGAUUUGCCGUGAGCUGGGUACUGCCGCCCCAAUGCCGACAAACCAGCGAUACUGGGAGGGCACUGAGGACGUGUCGUACGCACCUUUGAUCGCCGACCUGACUAUAUUCGUUUCUACCAGGAAGUCGUGCGCCAACGAGGCCUUCAACGUCACCAAUGGAGAUUAUUUUUCCUGGCGCUAUAUGUGGCCGCGUCUCGCCGCAAAUCUCGGCGCCAAAGCCGACUGGCAACAACAUUUCAAAAAAGCCGUGCCCAGAGAAGGUGAGUUGCAGCUCGACUGGAGCCUGGCCGAGUGGUAUCAGGACAAGCGUAAGGUGUGGGAGGACUUGUGCGAUCGUCAGGAUUUGCCGGGCGCCAAAGCGACAUUUGACCUUGCCGGCUGGGCGGUUGGAGAUUUUCUCUAUCAGCGGACGUGGAGUGCUACAUUGAGCGUGAACAAAGCGCGCCAGUUCGGAUGGACAGGUCACAUUGAUUCCUACCAAUCGUUUGUCGAUACGUUCGACAAAUUUAGACGGCUCGGGUUGAUACCAAAGUAA